AGGUCUGUGUUCAACAAAGGACCGUUUGAAACUGAAAACAUGGCUUUGGAUGUCAAGUCCAGAGCUAAACGAUAUGAAAAGCUGGACUUUCUCGGAGAGGGUCAGUUUGCCACGGUUUACAAGGCGAGAGACAAAACAAAAAAUACCAUUGUUGCGAUUAAAAAGAUUAAAGUCGGACACAGAACAGAGGCAAAAGAUGGAAUCAACAGAACAGCCCUGAGAGAAAUCAAACUGCUGCAGGAACUGAGUCAUCCAAAUAUUAUUGGACUCCUCGAUGCGUUCGGACACAAAUCCAACGUUAGCCUCGUGUUUGACUACAUGGAGACUGACCUUGAGGUUAUCAUAAAGGACACGAGUCUUGUACUGACUCCAGCCAACAUUAAAGCCUACAUCCUGAUGACACUGCAGGGUCUGGAGUACUUGCACCAUCACUGGAUCCUACACAGGGAUUUGAAGCCAAAUAAUUUACUACUGGAUGAAUCCGGGGUGCUGAAACUUGCUGAUUUUGGAUUGGCAAAAGCCUUUGGAAGUCCUAACAGAGUUUAUACACAUCAAGUCGUGACCAGAUGGUACCGUUCUCCAGAGCUGCUCUUCGGGGCCAGGAUGUAUGGGGUUGGUGUGGACAUGUGGGCAGUGGGCUGCAUCCUUGCAGAACUCCUACUCCGAGUUCCCUUUCUGGCUGGAGAUUCUGACCUGGAUCAGCUGACAAAGAUAUUUGAAGCGCUGGGGACUCCAACAGAAGAGACUUGGCCUGGGAUGACCAGUCUCCCAGAUUACGUCUCAUUUAAACUGUUUCCCGGCACACCUCUGGAGCACAUUUUCAGUGCGGCAAGCGAUGACCUUCUGGAGCUCCUGAAGGGCCUGUUUACUUUCAACCCCUGCACCCGCCUCACAGCCACAAAGGCAUUGAAGAUGCAAUAUUUCAGCCAGAAACCAGCGCCCACCCCAGGCCCUCAGCUUCCCCGGCCAAACUGUUCAGCGGAAGCUCUAAAAGAAAAAGAAAAUCUCGCCAUUGGCAUUAAAAGAAAACGUGACGUUAUCGAACAAGGCACCCUGAAGAAGAAGUUGGUGUUUUAGGUGAUGUGGUUUGGAGACUCUUGCCUGGUUUUGAGCCAUAGUGCUGAAGCGCUGCUGCGGCAGACAUCCACUAAUAAACAGUACAUUGGUCAGCCAACUGUGACUGCUGGAACGGGCAUAUUUAUGUUGAUUCAAAUGAUCAUAUUUUUUUUUCAGUUAUUUUUAUACAUGUAGUAUGUAAUUAAAUUAUGGGGAUAA